AUGCGUCUGGACUUAUUCCGCCCUCAGGCCCCGCUUCCAGAGGAUAAGAUCCUCCAAAUCAUACGCCUGUGGGUUGAAGAUGAAUACUGCAACCACGUUAUGAACAAUUUUUGUAUAGACACUUCCUAUAAGCCAUGCGCCGCCAAUGCAAUUGGUGAAUCGUGCCGGAACUCUUUCCACGAUUUCCACCAAGAUAUUUCGGCCAUAGAAGGCUGGACUGCCGAGGCCAUGUGCAACAAGACGGUACCCAUCUAUGUGACUGCUUCAGGCAGCAAAGACAUGUUUGGAGCAAAUCCCUUCCUUGAAUUCGAUAGAUACGUUUCACAAUCGCUCUUCUUCUGGCUUUAUAGCCGGUGGUUCCGCCCAUACCGCAGAGCCCACCUAGCUCCAGGCAUGGAGCCGAACGCCUUGGCCCGGGACAUAGUAUCGAUGCACAAGGCCAUCUGCUCCCAGGUCGAUUCAAUGGCAGGGAGACCCAAACCGAACCAUCACUGGAUUCCCCUCGACGAGAGGGAUGUGUACUGCGAUUCCCGCGUCCAUGUAAUGCAGCCCAUCUUUCGAGCACUCGUCAUCAUAUUCCCUUCUCAAAAUUGCAGCCUUUUCAAUCCUGACUUUGGCGCAAUACCCGUCUUCCUAGUCCUUACUGGCGUGACAGAAGGUCUCAGUGAGCCCAUUACUUUUGAAUCUCUCGGUACCAAAGCUGAGUGCCGGUGGUUUUCCGAUACUUUGAUCCAGCUACCACUUGAAGACGCGAUUAUGUUUGUCGAAAAGGUAGGGGCGCGUGAAGUUGCAGCCCACGGCCAACGCCCAGACCUUGCUACCAUGGAUCGGGAGCUGUACCAAUAUCAUCUCAAGCUCAACGGUUCGGACAAAGUGGCAGACGAAAUGGUUCGACUUGGAUGGGAGGGCGAGAUACGUCUGGAAUGCCCCAGUUCGGAAUGGGUGUGGAAUCCCAAAAAGUAUCCUGACUUGGCAUGGAAGUACUGGGGUAUGUGGCGAGAUCAGUUCAAGUUCUAUCUACUUUGGGAGCAUAGAAAGCACCUCGAAGCACUUGUCAACGACCCAGAAUUAGUGUGGCAUGAGCUCCGUUAG